AUGUUCAAGGCAUUCGGAUUCUUUGUUAUCUGCAUUGUUGGAUGCAGUGUAGCUGCUCCAAUUCAUGGAGAUGCUGAUGAUGAACUUUUGGGUCUCGCCUGGGAAGCAGCCGCCACUAGUGUCAAUGCUGGGAACAGUGGAAAGUUCUGGGUUCCAAUUGAAAUUCAAAGCUCUGAAAGAUCUGGAUCAGUGACAAAUCUUGUCGUUGUAUUCCAAGAAUCAUGGUGCAGUCCAUCUGAAGGAAAUGAUCUUGAAGAUGUCUGUGAAUCAAUGUGUCCAGUUUAUUAUGGUGGAGCUAAAGCUACAUACCGUAUCACUGCAACGGAAACAAACGGAGGAAGUGACUUUGACUCUGUUAGAAUCGAGUAA